AUGCAUUCGCUUGAUCAGCCCGAGCCAUGCCACAUAAGCUGUCUGGUUUUCGGCCCGCUUGACGAAGGCCCCUAUGGGCCGGCUCAGAUUUUCUCUGAUCUCGGAUUACGUCCAUCACUCUCCAGUUCUCCGGGCCCCGAUGUCUCUUGUGAAUUUCGUCGUAAGUCGACUAAAUCUUCAGAACAGACUGCAAAUGAUAUUCCUUCAGCUGAACAGCUGCUCACUCCAGCAGAGCAACUCUGUCAAGCGCUUUACGUCGUCGACGCAGCUGGCUGGCUCUAUCAGUUGAGUCCCGACCGUCGAUUCAAGGCCACUCGAAUACCAUUAUCUAGAGUGCCCCAUUGCUCUAUACGAUCAUGA